AAGAUGGCUACAUUGGGUUGGCUGCGUGGCCCAUCUGCUAUGCGACUAACAGAGGGUUUGGUAUCGGUUCUGAAAGAGCAGCGUCCAGAGUAUUUACCUGCUCUGGUGGCCAACUACAGAGAACAUGGCGUGUUUCCGACACAGGGCGGGAGUGCCGUCGGGGGUCUCGUAGGUCUCAGCAAUGCCAAACUGGGCUCGAGCAAGACCAGGUUUGAGGGGCUUUGUCUGCUCUCCAUGCUGGUUAAGGACAGCUCCAGUGAUCUGUUCCAGCAACACUGCCUCUCCUGGCUGCGCUCCCUGCAGCAGGUCAUACAGUCUCAGGCUCCAGUUCAGACCAUCCAGCUUGCGGUGAACAUUCUGAAGGACGUGCUGCAGUACUCGUCCCAGCUAGCAGAGCUGGCCAGGGAGGUCGGCCUCAACUCCAUCCUGGGCAUCCUUACAUCUCUGCUGGGCCUUAAGACAGAGUGUGAGCUGGCAGCUAUGGAGGGAAUGACAGCCUGUAUGACCUACUACCCCAGAGCCUGUGGAUCCCUCAGGGACAAACUGGGAGCCUAUUUCCUCUCCAAAAUAGACAGUACAAACAAGAAAACGCAAGAGAUGGCCUGUCAGUGUUAUGGUUGCCUGCCUUGCCUGGGUGGCCUCUUGGACAGAGGGGUGGGUGCUGGCAGAGCUGAGGGCUGGACCAAUCAGAUUCACUGUCUACUAGCCUCAGCCAAUUGCCUGCUGGCUCAGAUCUACCAUGGUUCAGAAACAGAUGGAACGGUGCAAUAUGAAGGUCCAGGGGUAGAGCUGGCCUUUCCUCAUCUUGAUCAAUCAGAUCCCCUGCUGCUGCUGCAGGUCCAGCACAGAUACACAGCUGUCUGCCUGGCACUGAAACACACACUCAGAGUGGAUCCAGGCUCAGCUGUCCGUCUGCCUGUCAGACCAAUACUCAACCUGGUGUGCCGAGCCCUCGCUGUCAGCGCCAAGAGCAUAAAUUUAACAGGAGAUGGAAGUGUGAGGUUACUGGUCUUGCCCAUCGUACACACCAACACACUGGAAGUCUUAUCAGCUCUUAUCACAGCUGUACGUAGCAGCAUGGUUCAGUACGCUGCUGUGCUACAGAGGCUGUUUUCUCAAACCUUAUCUGCCUGGACACCUCUACCUGAAGCCAGUCUGGGACAACAGAGAGCCUACAGCUCAGUGCGGGUAUCAGUGUACAGAACCUUAGAGCUGUGGGUCCAGGUGGCUGGAGCCUCUACUAGCAUCCUUCAGGGAAGCCCUGGCCACUCAGAGCUCCUGUUUAGCCACCUGCUCAGUGACAUCACACCAGGGGCGGAGUCUGUCAAGCUCCGGGCGGGUCUGUCAUCAGAUGUGGUUCCUGGAGGGAAGCCGGGCCCACGGAGGACAAAACCAUUGGUUAUAGCAGACGCAGUUGGACCGUUACUCCAGAGGAAAGGAGACCUUCUGGCUAAUCAGGAUACUUGCCUUUCAGCCCUCAGGGCACUGAGACAAAUCAUACUGACCAGUGGUACACUGCUGAAGGAUGAUAUACACAAGCGUCUCCAUGACGUAGUGCUGCCGCUGUGUGUGCGUCUACAGCAGCAACAGUCCAGCAACAGCACUUCAUGUGAAUCUGCAGGGGCCGUCAGUGGGCAGUACAGCAGUGCCCUCACCCGACGAGAGCUAUAUAGGUUAUUGCUGGCUCUGGUCCUGGUCCCAUCACCCUGUUGGCCUCCACCUUUGACCUGUGCUGUGUCCAUCCUCAGUAAUGGACACACCGACCGCAACCUCAAGGUCUCUACAUUCUGUACUGAGGCUCAGACCAUCUGUAACUCCCUCCUCCACCCCCGCACUCCCUCCCUCGCCCUCCCCUUACCACCCCUCACCCUGAAACCCACCCCCACCGCCCCAGUCCUCCCUUCCUCCCAGGGACCUACCCCCGGACUCACUUUGCCAACCCUCCUAGGAGGCCCCGCCCCUGGUCCUCCCUUUCCCUCCCGCCACUCCCUCGGCCUGGGCCCCGCUUCCCUGCUGGGUUCUCUUGAGAACCACCUCUCCCUGGUUCCAGGACUGCCGGGCCAGGCCCCCACCCCAGGAGACAUGAUCCUGUCCCACCAGCAGGACCCUGCUGGGCUGGGCCCUCCAGAGGGGCAGAGACCCGUGUUUGUCCGCUAUGACAGAGAGGAAGCGGAGGAUGUGGAGAUCUCUCUGGCCAGUGACUCAGACGACAGUGUGGUCAUCGUUCCUCCGGGGAUGCUCAACAUGGAGAACCAGCAAGAUGAGAUGGCAGCACCAGCAAACUCUCAGAACAUGGCCUCUGCUACACCAGGGAGCGCUACAGUCACACUACCAGGAGGAGAAUCUGUCACCGUGGUCCCCACCACAGCAACAACAACCACAAUAGAUGGGAUUUCGCUCCCCAAUGACCUUGCCACCUCCUCCCCCCUACUCACCACCUCCACCACCUCCACCACCCCUAUCAACUCCUUUCCUCCUUCCGGCACCUCUGUGGUCUCCCUGGUUCCACCUUUGAACUCCAGCACACUCACAGCUCCACCUGGCAUUCUGGGGGACUCGUUGCCUGGCAGACCACAGCUCCAGCAGAUGCUGAUGCAGGCCUCCACACCGGGACAGCCUGGCCCCAUGGGUCUACCACUCCAGAUGCACCAGCUGCAGAAUCAGCUGAGCCAGCAGGGACGGCACCUCCACCAGCACCAACCACCGGCGACCAGGAACGAAGACUCCGGUGUCAUUAACAUCAACAGCACUGACGAGGAGGAGGAAGAAGAGGAGGACAUGGAGGAUGAUGAAGAGCUGGAGGAGGAGGAGGAAGGGAUGGAUGAGGAGGACGAGGAGGAGGAAGUGAGCGAUUUUGCUGAGGAAGAGUUUUAUGAUGGGGAGGAAUAUGAGGAUUAUGAUGAAGAAGAGGGGGAAGAGUUGGAGGAGGAAGAGGAGGAGGAGGAGGAUGGGGAUAUACCUCCACUGGAGGGAGCAGAGGACAAGGCUGGAGAGACGGGCAUAGAAGAGGGGAAGGUGCUCCGAGCAGUGGUGGAUAAAGGAGGGAUGGCUGGAUUCAGUGUGAAGGCAGAAGCAGAAGAAGGAGGGAUAGAGGAAAUCCAGACCAACAGAGUUGUUUUCGGAGAGGACAGGAUGAAGGUACAAGAGGUGGAAAGCAUCGGAGUCCUAGAGGAGGCACGGGAGGGUGAGGGAGAGGAGGACGAAAGUGAAAGGAUGGACGACCCCACCAUGCCACAGAUCCUGUGUGUCACCGGAGGAGCACUGGAGGAGAGGGAGGAGACCGAGGAGGAGGGAGGGGGAGCAGCAGGAGGCGGAGAGGGAGAAGGAGGGCUGCAGGAAGAGGUGAGCUCGUGGGAGCAAGGAGCCAAUGAAAUUGAGCUGACAGCCGCCUCAGAAGAAUCCACAACCAAUCAGAAUCAACAGGAGUCAGGAGCUCAACCUGCACAGGAAGCCAGUGUGAGUGAUAACCAGCCAUCCAGUCAUCAGGAGGAACAGCUAGCAGACUCAGCAGCAGCAGAUCCUGAAACCUCAACAGGCCCCAAUACAAAAGCGCAAGAGGAGACAGAUGCUGAGAAAACAGAAAACAGAAAACCAGAGCAGCAGGACACAGAAGGAGGAGGACGGGAAGAGAGUGAUGGAGAGGAGGGGAAAGGUGUGAAGAGGAAGAGAGAGGAGGCACACAGGGAGGAAGAGGCGGGGCAAAGCACUGAGAAGAAAAAGCUGGAUGAUGAAGCCAUGGCCUCCAUGUUGGCUGAUUUUGUCGCCUGUCCACCUGAUGAUGAAGAUGGUACCUCUGGUUCAAACCACUGAUAAACAUUUGCCAAGCUGAACUGAUGUGAUUGAAGUUACUAUGGAUACAGCAGAUACUGCUAGGAUACUGUAUCAUUAGUGACAUUUCCAAGGUUUAGUUACCUCAUACAAGAACUCCCUUAUCAUUCUGUACAUCUUCCAGUCAUUCUUCACAAUGUUCAGAUCAUACUGAUAUAAUUUGGCGUCCAGUUUCCUUUUUUAACAAUAUUACAGACUUCAAGCUACACAAUAUGGGGUGUGGGAAUAUUUGGGGGAAGAGAAGUCAGACUUCUUACUGUGUCACAUCACCCAGCUUGUAAUUCGCAAGAACUAGUUUUACAUGAGCUAAAAGAAGCAGUACAUUUUCUAUAGUCCCAAGUACAGCUGCCCAGCAGGGAGGUGAAGCUCUAUGAAAUGUAUUACGAAAUGCUUAACUUGGAUUUAUAUGCAUCUUUUAUGCUCUUUGUUUUGUCAUCAUUGUCAUAUGCUUUGUUAUAAGAAAAAAACAAAAAAAAAAAAACAUGACUGAGCUACAUUAGAUUUUCCCCCCUUAGAUUUAAUCAUUACAACAAUAAUUCUGGUUUCUCACCCAAACAGUUGGUUCACCCACAUUACAUGAGAUAUGAGAUCACCCAGUGACGUCUCUCGAUUAUCCAUUGUAACCAGCACAAACAAAAUUCCAUUCCCCUCCAUAGUACUAUUGUGAAGGCAGAAAUCUCAGAGACACAUACAGUGGCAAGGACAAGUAUGUGAACCUUUUGGAAUUUCAUGGUUUUCUGAAUAAAUUGGUCAUAAAAUGUGA